GCUCGUCAGAUUAUGAACCAGUGUUGAGUCUCGCUGGGAGUGUGUUCAGCGCGUUAUAAAGGUGAACCGAGCAUUAGCGCUGUAGCGGUUUUUAGUGUGUGUAGGGCUGCAGAGCAGAAGUACAGUAAUGAGUGGCGUGAUGGCGUGUCUGUAGAGUGCUGGGCUGUGAUUGGUUAGCGUGCUGUGCGCUCAUGGCGCGGUUGCUGUGGGCGGCACGCAGAUCAGCGUCUGCGCUCGCGCUGCUCGUAAGAGUAAAUAAAGCUGCAGCUCGAGCUCAGACUCUUCAUCUUCAUCUGUCUGCUCCACAACACACACUUCUGUACAGGCGGCUCAGUUCACCUGUAAGGAUGCCGGAGGUUAACGUGGAUCAUCUGGAUGAGAAGCAGGUGCAGUUGCUUGCAGAGAUGUGCAUCCUCAUCGAUGACAAUGACAGAAAGAUCGGAGCCGACAGCAAGAAAAACUGCCAUCUCAACUCAAACAUUGAUAAAGGAUUAUUGCAUCGAGCGUUCAGUGUUUUCCUGUUCAACAGCGAGGAAAAGCUGCUCCUUCAGCAGAGAUCCAAUGCCAAAAUCACUUUUCCAGGCUGUUUCACCAACACUUGCUGCAGUCACCCUCUCCACACGGCCAGUGAGCUGGAGGAGCAGGACGUCAUCGGGGUCCGGCGCGCCGCUCAGAGACGCCUGCAGGCCGAGCUGGGCGUCCCCUCCGAGCAGGUGCCUCCAGAAGAGAUGACCUAUCUGACCCGCAUCCACUAUAAAGCCCAGUCAGACGGCGUCUGGGGCGAGCACGAGAUCGACUACAUCCUCUUCAUGCAGAAAGACGUGGAUCUGAAUCCAGACCCCAACGAGAUCCAGAGCCACUGCUACGUGUCCAAAGAGGAGCUGAAGGAGCUCCUGGAGAAAGCCCAGAGGAAAGAGCUGGAGAUCACGCCCUGGUUCAGUCUGAUCGCAGACACCUUCCUCUUCAAGUGGUGGGACAACCUCCAUAACCUCAAGCAGUUCAUCGACCACGACCGCAUCCACCGCAUGUAGGCCGCGUCUGGACAGCACUUUAACAGAUAACAAAGAGACUGCACAGUUUGGCCAUGUCUUAUUGGACAGCCUUGGUUUGUAAAUGUUUAGACAAGCAGAGAGUUUUAUUUUAGCAUUAAUGUUCAGAUUACUUCAUGAACACUGAGCAUUUUAUUGCUGACAAAACACUGUCCGUUGUUGCCUAGUGUAAUAUGAGAGAUCAUAUGAGUGCUUUUGAAGGAAUAUUUUGUGACUAAAAGUAUCAGGAGUCGCUGUGAGGCUUACAGUUAUCUCAAGGAAUUAUUAGAGAAGGAAAAUAAAAUUAGCUUUCUUCAUAGUCUCGUUUUUUGAACCCAUUCAUUUUUACAGUUUUAGAAAAUGAAUAUGUAAAAGUAUGACGUAUUCAUUCAUGCAUUCAUGUAUUUUCCUCUCAAUACUAACUUUUAAUGAUAUGGUAUGUUUGGGCAAUGAUAUGGUAUGGUUGGGCAUAUAUAUAUAUAUAUAAGAUCAAAGCAUUUAAUCAAAAAUGCUGUAAAAUCCGCAAGAAAUACAAUUGAAAAUAACAAUGUAUUUCUGUGAUGUGCAGCUGUAUUUUCAGCAUCAUUACUCAAGUCUUCAGUGUCACAUGAUCUUCAGAAAUCAUAAUUAUAUGAUGAUUUGCUGCUCAAGAAAUAUUAUUAUUAAUGUUGGAAAGAGUAGUUCUUCUUCACAUUUUUUUGGAGAAACAGUGAUGAACAAAGUUAAAAGAAACCGCAUUUAUUUAAAACAAAUAAAGAUUUUGUUUUACUCUCA